AUGGUUAAGAUUUGUGUACUACAUCCCGAUUUGGGUAUUGGUGGCGCUGAACGAUUAAUUGUUGACAUAUGUGUGGGAUUAAAAUCCAAACAUCAUGAUCUCGAUUUAUAUACAAAUUAUCAUGAUGAUAAACGUUGUUUUGAUGAAACUCGAAAUGGUCAAUUGAAUAUUAUUGUUAAAUGUUCAUGGUUUCCUCGUCAUGUCUUUGGUCGAUUUUAUGCGUUAUGUGCCUAUAUUCGAAUGAUUCUAUUAUCUUUGUACAUUGUUUAUUUUUCGUCAUCAACGUAUGAUAUUUAUAUUUGUGAUCAAAUAAGUGCAUGUAUACCCAUUUUAAAACAAUCACAAAAACCUGUAUUAUUCUAUUGUCAUUAUCCUGAUCAAUUACUGACGAAACGUCAAACAUUGUUAAAAAAAUUAUAUAGAUAUGUCAUCGAUUAUUUAGAAGCUUAUACAACAAGUUUAGCUGAUAAAACACUAGUGAAUAGUCAAUAUACAAGAGAUAUAUUUCAACAAACAUUUGGUAAACGAAUUGAUAUUUCAACAGUUGAUAUUCUGUAUCCAACAAUCAAUGAAAUUAAUUUAAAAGAUCAAAUAAUUGAUAAUUCACUUGUAAAUAAUAUUCCUCCGAACGUAAAAACAUUAUUUUUAUCAAUUAAUCGAUAUGAACGAAAAAAAGAUUUACAAUUAGCUAUACAAGCAAUGGCACAUUUACAAUCAUUACUAACAGAUGAACAAUGGCAGCAAACACACUUAUUUGUAAUUGGUGGUUAUGAUCGGCGUAUAACAGAAAAUGUUGAAUAUUAUUUAGAAUUGGAUCGUUUAGUUCAUGACUUAUCUCUCGAAUCCAAUGUUACAUUUGUUCAAUCAUUUACAGAUCAAAAAAAAUUAGUCUAUUUAAAUCGAUGUAAAUGUGUGUUGUAUACGCCUCAAUAUGAACAUUUUGGUAUUGUUCCAUUAGAAGCAAUGUAUGCUGAACGACCGUGUAUAGCAACUAACACUGGUGGACCAUUGGAAACAAUUUUAGAUGGAAAAACGGGUUAUUUAUGCAAAGCUACUAAAGAGCAAUUUGCCGAAAAAAUGAAAUUAUUUGUUAAUCAACCUCAUCUCUAUUUAGAACUCGGUAAACAAGGACGCAGACAUGUGAUAGGAAAUUUUGGAUUUCAAAUAUUUUCUCAAAAACUUCAUGAUUUCGUUCAGGAAUUGCUUGAACGAAGAAAAGAAACUACAACAAAGAAUAGUAGAAGAUUUAUGAUUGUUUUAUUCGGUGCUGUUAUUUUUGGUUAUCUAUUUUUAAUAAACACUGGAGAGCGAGAGUUAAAUAAACCAAACGCAUACUUAGUAAUUAAUUAUAGAGUGAGUCUGUUGACACCUCGGACGUGUCAACAAGGAGCUAUUGUCACUUUCUGGGCGUGUCAAUUAAGAAAACAAUUAUUUGAUAUGUCAAUCCGAGAAGAAGGAAUCUUCUGCGAUACUACAUUAACAGCAACACCCGGUCACAGUGCACAUUGGGAUUAUGAACAUAACGGUCCCGACACAUGGCCACAUGAAUAUGAACAGUGUGAAGGUAACUCACAAUCUCCUAUUAAUAUUCAAAAGCGACAAGUUCGUCAUGAUUUAACAAUGGAUAAUCUCAUACUCAAUGGCUAUAAAAAUGCCAGUAUCACGUGGAAUAUAACCCAUAACGGUCAUACCAUAGUGGUUACACCUUCUUCAACAGCAAAAAUUACCAUGAGUGGUGCAAAAUUAUUAGAUACAUUUAAUCUUGCUCAAUUUCACAUGCAUUGGGGUCUAAAUGCGUAUCAAGGUUCAGAACACACCAUCGACGGUCGUAAAUAUCCAUUAGAAAUUCAUUUUGUUCAUAGUACAACACCACCGGAUAUACGUUAUGCCGUAUUAGGUGUUCUGUAUGAAUUACAAGGUACUGAUAAUUCACAAUUAAGUGAUUUUUUAUCCAUGAUUAAUCAAACAUUAAAUGAAACAAUGAAAAUUGGACUACAGUCAAUUGAUAUAUCAAAAUUAUUACCAACGAUGCAUUCGAAUUUACAUAGCAGUGGUAGUGGACAUAAUUUGAAGUUUUAUAGAUACAACGGAUCACUAACAACACCACCGUGUAAGGAAGGUAUCACAUGGACAUUACUUUCAACUCCCGUUGCCAUCUCAGCUCGUCAAUUACAAGUAUUUCGUAACAAUUCUGUUAAAUGGAAUUUUCGUCCAACACAGAAAUUACAUGGACGGAACAUCACGGCCAAUCAUCAACCAGAGUUCGGUGAGGGAGAUGAUGAACAUGAUGGAUGUGAAACAAAAAACAAGGGAACAAAACUAAACAAUACCAUUGUGUUUUUACUAGUAUCAUUAUUUAUUAAUUUGCACAAUUUGUAA